ACUCUUGACGGUUAUGUGGAAGUUCAUAAAUACAGAUAUCUUUAUUUUGUGAUUAUGUUAACAGCAUAUAUCCUAAUAAUCUGCAGUAAUUCUACUAUUGUGUAUCUUAUCUGGAUUCACCAAAACCUCCAUGAGCCUAUGUACAUUUUCAUUGCAGCUUUGCUACUCAACUCUGUUCUUUUCAGCACAUCUAUCUACCCAAAGCUUUUGAUUGACUUUUUAUCUGAAAAACAGAUGAUAUCAUAUUCAGCCUGUCUCUUUCAAGCCUUUUUUUAUUACUCUUUAGGUAGUUCAGAGUUCUUUUUAUUGGCAGCAAUGUCCUAUGACAGGUAUGUGUCUAUAUGUAAACCUCUGCAAUAUCCGACUAUCAUGAGAAAAACAACUGUCUAUAUUUUCCUGGUUUUAGCCUGGCUUGUGCCUGCUAGUCAGUUUAUAGUUCCAGUUAUACUGAAUGCUAAUAAAAAACUCUGUAAGUUCACUUUCAAAGGAAUAAUUUGCAACAGCACAAUUUACAAACUUCAGUGUGUGAGUUCCAGAGCUGAAUCUGUAUAUGGCCCGAUUAUUUUGUUUAAUGUUGCAUUUUUCCCUGUGGUUUUCAUACUUUUUACAUACAGCAGAAUAUUUAUCAUAUCCUACAGAAGUUGUAGAGAAGUCAGGAGGAAAGCUGCAAAGACGUGUUUACCCCAUCUGUUGGUUUUAAUCAGUUUUUCCUUUUUGAGUGCAUAUAAUACCAUUACACUAAGAGUGGAAUCUGAUUUUCCAAAAACUGUGAGUUUAAUAAUGACUUUACAAGUGAUUUUGUAUCAUCCUCUCUUUAAUCCGAUCAUAUACGGACUUAAAAUGAAAGAAAUUUCUAAACACCUCAAGAGGUUGUUCUCUAUGAAAAGCUGA